GUGAUCACUGGAGGUCAUUAUGACGUUGACUGUCGGUUGGAAGAUCCCGAUGGCAUUGUGUUGUACAAAGAGAUGAAGAAACAAUAUGAUAGCUUCACAUUUACUGCGUCCAGAAACGGAACAUAUAAAUUCUGCUUCAGCAACGAAUUCUCUACUUUCACACACAAAACUGUGUACUUUGAUUUCCAGGUUGGAGAAGAUCCACCACUGUUUCCUAGUGAGAACAGAGUAACUGCACUUACCCAGAUGGAGUCUGCGUGUGUUUCAAUUCAUGAAGCAUUGAAGUCUGUCAUCGAUUAUCAGACUCACUUCCGCUUGAGGGAGGCGCAGGGCCGCAGCCGAGCAGAGGAUUUAAACACGAGGGUGGCCUACUGGUCAAUAGGGGAAGCAAUCAUUCUUCUUGUUGUUAGUAUUGGGCAGGUGUUUCUUCUCAAGAGCUUCUUCUCGGAUAAAAGAACCACAACAACCCGUGUUGGAUCAUAACUGGUAGUGGUAGUGGUUCAGGUCAUCGUGUGCUACUCAUCUGUAAAAACUAACUGUUCUUCAAUUACUUGUAGGUUAUGGGGAUCUGAAUAUAUGCAACAUUCAAAUGUGUCUACCCCUCCUCCCUCAAAAAUCACAAAACAGACCCAAAAAGUUGUGAAAGGGAUACAUG